AAUGAAAGAUGGAGAGAAGAACGAUAAAGAGACAGGUAUGGACUCUAUCGACGGUAGUCUUGUUGAUCAAAUUGCAAACGACUACUGGAAAUGGAAUAAUGAAUGGGACAAGCAUAAAGGAUAUAAUUCACCAAAAUAUGUGAGAACAAUCUACCUUAUAAGGCAUGGGCAUUUCAUAAGAAAAUUGGGUAAUUAUAAUGAUUCAUUAUCACUUAAAGGUGUUAGACAGGUUAAUUUACUGGGAAAACGUUUAGCAACAAUGAACAUUAACUUUACUAAUAUUUAUACUUCACCUUUCAAAAGAGCUAAACAUACAGCUCGCAUAAUUAACAAGUACCUUCCGGAUAAAAGAGUUAAAGUCACUGAUUUCCUAAGAGAAGGUAGACCAGUAUUCCCUGACCCUGCUCCAGCAUACUGGAGAAAAGAUGAUAAAGAAAUAGUAGAAGACGGUCCACGACUUUGGAAAUCAUUUAAAGUAUUAUUUCAUAGGAGUCAGAGUAAGAAAGAUAUCAAUGAUAUAUUUGUGUGUCAUGGGAAUAUUAUUGGAUUUCUUAUACUAAGAUCUUUACAACUACCGAGUCAGAGGUGGCUGCAGUUGCCUGUUGGUCACGCCAGUAUUACGAGAAUUGAAAUAGACUACAAUGGGGAAGUUUUUGUUAAAUCUAUUGGCGAUAUUGGGCAUUUACCUCAAGUUAUAACCUCCGGUUAG